AUGGUACCUGAUAGAGAGAAGGUGGAGCGCGAUAAAGAUGAAGUGCAAGUGGCUGAUGAGAAGGAGUCACGGAAAAAACUUUUGUGUUUCACAAGCGCUUCCACAAAACCUAUCUCUGCAACUGAACUUGCAAAUCAGGUGUCGGAAGAUAUCAAGACAAUGCGAACGCAAAUAUCUCUGGACACUGUUAUCGGGCAGGAAACGCGAGUUCUAGUGCUAUACACAGGUGGAACGAUUGGGAUGAAGUGUGAAGAUGGAGGUUUUCGAUUGUCCUUUCCUUAA